AUGCCUAUCGUCAAAGUUCACGCCCGAUCCAUCUACGACUCUCGGGGUAACCCAACCGUCGAAGUCGACGUAGUCACCGAGACUGGUCUACACCGAGCCAUCGUUCCCUCUGGUGCGUCUACUGGUCAGCAUGAAGCCUGCGAGUUAAGAGACGGUGACAAGUCCAAGUGGGCUGGCAAGGGUGUUACCAAAGCUGUCGACAAUGUCAACAACACAAUUGGCCCCAAGCUCAUCGAGUCAAAAAUCGACCCAGCAGAUCAGUCAGCUGUAGACAAGUUCUUGAUCGAUCUUGACGGCACUGAGAACAAAACCAAACUGGGUGCAAACGCUAUCCUUGGUGUCUCACUUGCUGUUGCAAAGGCUGGUGCAGCUCAGAAGGGUGUGCCACUAUACGUCCAUGUGUCGGACCUCGCAGGCACCAAGAAGCCAUAUGUUCUCCCAGUCCCAUUCAUGAACGUCCUGAACGGUGGCUCACACGCUGGUGGCCGUCUUGCUUUCCAAGAGUUCAUGAUUGUUCCAGAUCAAGCUCCAACCUUCUCCGAGGGUCUUCGAUGGGGUGCUGAGGUCUACCAGAAGCUCAAGGGUCUGGCCAAGAAGAAGUAUGGACAAUCUGCAGGGAACGUUGGUGAUGAGGGUGGUGUUGCGCCAGAUAUUCAAACCCCAGAAGAAGCUCUAGACCUGAUCACGGAAGCCAUAGAAGCUGCAGGCUACGCGGGCAAGAUGAACAUCGCCAUGGACGUAGCAUCCAGCGAGUUCUACAAAGAGGAGGAGAAGAAGUACGACCUUGACUUCAAGAAUCCAGACAGCGACAAAAGCAAGUGGAUCACAUACGAACAACUCGCCAACAUGUACAAGUCCCUGUCAGAGAAGUACCCUAUUGUCAGCAUCGAGGAUCCAUUCGCCGAGGAUGACUGGGAGGCCUGGAGUUACUUCUUCAAGACGACCGAUUUCCAGCUUGUGGGUGACGACUUGACUGUGACUAACCCCAAGCGCAUCAAGAAGGCGAUUGAGCUCAAGGCAUGUAACGCUCUGCUUCUCAAGGUCAACCAGAUCGGUACUCUUACAGAAUCCAUUCAAGCCGCCAAGGACUCGUAUGCUGCUGGCUGGGGUGUCAUGGUUUCCCAUCGAUCUGGUGAAACAGAGGAUGUUACCAUUGCUGAUAUCGUCGUCGGCCUUCGAGCUGGUGAGAUCAAGACUGGUGCACCUGCUCGAUCAGAACGUUUGGCUAAGCUGAACCAAAUCCUGCGAAUCGAGGAAGAGUUGGGCUCUCAAGCUAUCUACGCCGGUUCCAACUUCAGAAAGUCGGUCACGUUGUAA